GUGCAGUACAAGACCGCCGUCACCACUUCGGUGGCUCAAGUGCGCAUGAGAGUCCAGUCAGCGGUGUGACGGAAAAGCGUUCAGCUCAUUUGUCUGCAGACAUGCUACAUAUGUGUUCUACCAUCAUGCAUCCAGCAUUCAGAGAGAUCGUCAGGGUGAUGCACCUUACAUGCAUUCACGUAGUCUUAGUGCUGCGUACGGUUGCCUGCCAAUUGACAUGGCAGCGGAGCCGGUUCGCUCCCUUUGAACCUUUCACGAUCCAGGGCGGCCGGCGACUGCAGAACGACGACUACGACAUGGAGCAGAAGGACGACGAUAAAAGAGUUCCCUCCUUUGAUGGGCGUUUGGAUCAAUACCGUGAUUAUCGCAAAAGAGCUUUGUUGUACUUCCAUGGCUUGGAGGAUAGCAAGCAGUCCUUGGCAGCGCCUCGCCUGAUUGCUAACCUGUCAGGCUCGGCCUUUGAGUGUUUCCGUGAGAAGGACCCGGGAGCAUAUCGCAAUGAGUCCGGGGUGAUCAACAUGCUUGCAUUGCUUGACGCACGGCUUCAGUUUACGCCCGAACAAGAACUGUCCGAUUGGCUUGAGAACCUUCUGUAUCGGAUGCGACGACGACGCGGUGAAGAGACCACUGCCUUUACAACUCGUUUCGAGACGACGAUUUUCAAGGUGGAAGAUCUGAUUUCGACAGAGCAGCGGUUGGAAAGACGUCGGCUUCAGGACCAACGCCGAGCCGAGUACCGGCGUCAGUCUCUUGAUUACAUGGUGGCCAAGCAGGCGCACGAUGCAGCGUUGGCAGCCUUGCAGGAGGGGCAGACCGCCCCAGUGGCGCCAGCACCUCCUUCAGAGUUGCCUGCUGUGGAGCCUUUUGCCUUCCCUGAGGUGGUCAAGGGCUUCUUGUACUUGAGACAUGUUGGCAUCACGUUACAGACAAGAGCCAUCUUGCUGCGUUCAUCAGGCGGAUCAUUGAGGUAUGAUCGUGUGGCAGAGCUUCUUCGGAAAACGGAGUUAGAUGCCAUGGUGGCCUCACGGACGUCUGCAGUUAAUGAGAGCAGCUUCCUGGCGGAUAUCCAAGAGGAUGGUGACGAUGACGACGAAGAUGACGAGGAGUGGUCCGAUGACGAGGACUACGACGACGACGACUUUGGUGGCUUCGCGGAAGAUGAAGAGACCGAUGAGGGUGACGAUGAAGGGGACCUUGGCGAGCCGGACGAGGAGUACGACACAGCUAUGCUUGGCUACUUGGAAGCCCGGCAGAAGCUUCUGGCCUUGAGGAAGUCACGGGGCUUCAAGGAGCCUGAUGGUCAGAGUUCCAAGCAGUCCGGUCAAACCAAGCCAAGGGCACCUGGUCAUCGUGAUCUCCAUCGUGAAGGUCGGGGACGACCAUCGUCUUCCACGGGGCGAUCGAGAGAUUUCCAAUGGAAGGAGAAGAGAUCUACAUCUUCACAAGGACGUCCUCGCCAGAAGACACCACCUCCUGGCAAGGACCGACGCUCCAAGGGCAAGGGCAAGAGCAAGAGCAAGGGACAUGGCAAGCGACAGGGCACUCGAAGAGAGCCAGCUGGCGCUCAGUACCUUGGUAUGGCGACGGCGAGUUCCUCAGCUAUGUUGAGUUCGCAUGGCGCCAGCCCUAUGCCUCGAUCCUUCGAUUUCCAGCCUCAGUUUGAUUUCAUGGCCUAUCAUGUGGGUGACAGACCAGAGAGGGAGUUCAGCUUCGGAACGCACAAUGUGCCGACCUCAGUGGAGAGUAUGGUAGAUGAAUGCCUUUUGCAGGAUGACAUUCUUGGGCUGAGUUCACUUGUGAGUUCCCGAGCUGAAUCUUGCUGUUUGGUCACCCCACCUGGACAUGCAAUUCUUGAUACCGGUAAGGCCCCAUUCUUGCUCUCGAUUCAGGCGCUUCGCCAGAUGAAAGCUAAGCUAGAUUGUGAGCGUGAUGUCCUAGAGAUCCCCGGGAUUGGCAAUGUAAAGCUGACGACAAAUCAAGUGGGGCAUUACCUGUUGCCGCUGUUCCAGUUUGGGUACCAUACUGCUGAGGAUCCCAGUUUUGCAACGGAAGGGGAGUACGAGGAUCUGACCAGGCCACCGGGUCUAGGGGAUGCCAUUCCUUCCGAAGUUCAGGAUAAGGGGCCGGGGGCCGUAGGAUCGAAGGUUAAUGAAGCCCCUCUUCCCGAGAAGACUGGAAGUCCUCAAGCAGUUGAUGUUCCCCAUUUCGAAUCUGUCCUCACACGAAGCGAGAUACCACCAUGUCCUGACAUGAACAUGACUGCCAGAGUGCCAGAGGGUCCGAGGGAUGUCAAGACGGUCUUUGCAUUGCUGAAUGGUAAGAAUGUCGAGUUUGAGGGUGCCCGUGUGCGUAGCUUCCAGUUGCCCCCCAAAUCUAGCGGUUUAUCUGUGUCUCAGUUAGCUAAGCGUUCUACCUACUGUGCAAUGCAUGGAGACCUUCUUGAGGAGUAUUAUUUCAAUCAACCACCAGCGAAUGUGAUGUGUCAGCAGGCACUUGUUGCAAAUCAACAUGUUGGCCGUUGUUUGAUCGAUCAAGUGGUUCCAGAGCCUGAGCAUUGUGCCAUCAGUGAGUGUGACGAGUACCAUAGCUGCUCCGAAGGCGAGGAUGGCGACUGGGUUCUUCCGUGGCAAGUGUGUGCAUCAGGCAGCUCCAGAGGGCUCAACGCCACCCACGUACUCCCAUUGCGGGAGUCAGCGUCUGGAAAGAUUCGCGAACAAGCACUUCAUCACGUUACUUACUUCCCGCUGAAGGAUUGCCCGAGGACAUGCCUUCCGGCUCCACCUCAGCUACGAGACGGAGACCUGGUUCAGGACGCUGGCGCCCCAGAUCACAUCAUCGACAAGGUGGGCAACAUCCCGUAUCCGUUGAACGUUCGGAAGGUCAUGACUGGUGUGCCCCCGCCAGAGGUUCCUCAUCAGGCGGGGGUACCAAGUGGUACAGGAUUGACACACUGCCGGCAAUCCGCCAGCGACAACAACAUCGCAAGGCCCCAUGAGUACGGCUGCCGUGGCGCAGGUUUAUCCCGCUGCCGUGGCGCCAACAUCUGUGGCACCUUCUCCGCAAGUCAGUGCUGUGAUCAACACCUCACCAUCGAAUCCUCCGAGGACAAGUGCUGUGAUCAACCUCACAUCGCCGAGCCCAUCAACAACAACCCCCAGUGUGGCCGAGAACCCGGUUCCUCCGAUCGCCGAACGCUUGGCACCACUGGAGAAGGGGCCAGACACGGCAAUGCUAACUCCGGAGGUACUGGCCGAGAUCGCACGCCUGGAGAUGGAAGCAAGUGUUCUCUUGACGAGGGCAGCUCAGCUUCGAGCAGGCACCGCUACCCUGCGUCCGACAGCUUCAACAAGGGCAACUUCGUCGGCCAGGGAAACUUUGUUGCCUCCACCAAUCACAUCAGAUGGAUGAUGGAUAUGGUGAAGCCAUCAGGCUUGGACUUGCGUGGGGCCAGCAACUACGCGGAUCGUCUCCUGAGCCGCGAUGAUCUUGACUUGCUGUUUGAAGUGAUCGAAUGCCAGAGCACAGGUGUGGACGAUCAAUUCGACAUGCCACAUUUUGAUGAGCAGUGCGAGCAAGUGUUGGGUGCAGGGGCAGCGCCGUGGUUGCUCCGACAGGCUGAGCGAUUUCGCUGUGCGGUGUGUGAGUCCCAAAAGCCUCCACCUUCUCACACCGUAGUGGGUUCAGCGAAGCCUCGAUCAUUCAACAGUAUUUUGGCCAUUGAUACUCUGGAUCUCACACUCCAGCGGGAUGAUGUUCAGUACCGAGUGUUUCUGCUGACUGCCGUGGAUACGGCAACUUCCUUCGCAAGGGCUUUUCACCUCGAAGCCGGUGAUGCGGCUACAGCUGUGGAUGUUUUGGAUCAGGGAUGGUUUCAAGCCUAUGGCUCCCCCGAAGUGAUUUAUACAGACCCUGAUACAAUAUUUCGCAGUGAGCAUUUCGCACAAUUUCUGACACGUAACGCUGUCCUUGAACGCUUGACCGCAGCUCAAUCUCCUUGGCAACAUGGCCAAGUGGAACGGCUUCAUAGGACCAUCCGACAGCAAGCUCAACGGGUGUUCGAAUCCGAACGCACGUGCAGUCCCUAUCAGGCUGUUGUCCACGUUCUACAAGCUAGAAACGAGCUCAUGAGGGUAGAGGGAGUGUCACCGUCUGUUUUGGUGUUUGGUAAGUUGCCUCGUGCCCCUCCUGAUAUGGCUGAGUCUGAUGAGGACUUUCGGUGCCUGGCUGUGCGAUUGCACAAUGAGGAAGCAGGCGUAUCCGGACAGCAGACUUUCAAGGAAAUGAAGCAUGCUCGCGGCGUCGAUGUCCGUAAUGAAAGGCCUAGUUCAGCAGAGCUCGAAACCGAGCGUGACAAGCCUGACAAGGACCUGGUACUUGAGCAGUUGGGCCCGGAAGCCGACUAUGAACCAUUGCCACAGGCUCCUCGUACACCUGCUCCUGGAACACCAGGCCCUCACACACCAGCUCCUGGCACACCACUGCCAGGCACGCCUGUACCAGGCACGCCUCGUUCUGCACCUCUCCGUCCUGAACUGGUGUCAACUCAACCUAUCCCACCCGCGCCUCCCGCUGAUGCUUCUGCCUCUGCUCACCUUGACACCAGGCGGGGGGAGAAGCGCUCCUCAGAGCCUCGCCAGGACGUAGAGGCUGAGUCUUUGCACCGUGCGCAGCAGGGUCCAACGCCAGUUGUUAGCCAAGAUGAGAGUUCUAUCAGGUACAUUUUGCAAGAGAUGUGUCUGAGUGCAGCUGCCAUGAAGAAGCGGGGUGCAGAAGUAGUAGAGAAAUAUCUCAACGAAGAAGAGAAGGCUAUGUUCCGAACUGCGAAGCAUGCUGAAUGGAGUCAGUGGGUUGGCAACGAGGUUGUUGAACUGAUCAGCCGGCACGCAGUCCUUACCGUAGCAGCACAAAACAUGUGGCGAAUCUUUACCUUAGUGCAGUACAAUACCGCCGUCACCACUUCGGUGGCUCAAGUGCGCAUGAGAGUCCAGUCAGCGGUGUGA